GAGUAAAGAAUACACAAACAAAUGUAACUUCCUGACCGCGUGUGUUCCCAGCUGAUUGUGACAUAAAUAUUGAUCAAAUACAAUCCCUUGAAAGCAGCUAAAAUGGGUCGUUUGAAACGAAAGAAAUACCACAAAGGCAACACUUACGUGCAGAAAAUGUUCAGGACGAGGCGAAAGACGAAGGAUAUCGACCAAAUUCACGAAGACAUGAAACCAGAAAAAGCUGAUAAGUUGCUAAACCAAGAAGUCGAUCACGAUCUUCCAGGCGCCGGACAAAAUUACUGUCUUCACUGCGCGAAACAUUUUAUUGAUUUACAAGCAAUGACAAGUCACUUCAAAAGUAGAAAUCAUAAAAGAAGAUUAAGGGCUUUAACAGAGGAACCUUACUCCCAAAAAGAAGCAGAUGCAGCGGCUGGAAUGGGAAGUUACUACGCACCGCAAAAACUAAAAAAAGUAAAAACGCAGCCAAUAGUCAAGAAAGAUAUGGACACUACAGAAGAUUAACAAAAGCCUUAAUGACAUUCUUUAUAUAAUAUUAAAUGAUUAGUACAUUAUUAUUAUAUGACGGAACCUCACACCCUCCCUAUGGCUUUCGUUGCGUAUGGAAGUUAUUUUCACGAGUGAUGCGAUGUAGCCUGUGGCCAUAUCUUCACGAGCGAAGCAGAAUACACUGCAUCUUGAGUGAAAAUAACUUCCAUACCCAACUAAAUCCACGGGGAGGGUGUGGGGUUCUGUUAUUAUUACAUAUUUUCCAUAUUUGAUAUUUCAUAUUAAAGAAAGAACGUGCAAUAAACCGGGAUGGAAUUUAGGCCGGGGAACCCCAUUGCCCAUUAAUAUGUUCCCAGAAAGUGUUGCGCCAUAGCAAUGCGUGUCAGUGUAGAACACGUGUCACUGUUUGUGUGGAAAUAAAAUAAUCAUACUUCUAAUCU